CCUAUAAAUGCUCUCCACGUUGCCCGCAGACGAAGAAAUCACCUCCCGGGACGCUCGAGCUCUCCCGCGCGAGGCAUGUGUCCGUUUUAGAGUGUCCGUUCUGUACCUUCUUUCUUUUUUUUUCUCGGACUUCCUCAUCAGAGUGAUUAGCGCGGCGAUCGAGCCAUGUGGAAGUUGCUGUGGGCGGUCUUUCUGGUGGCCGUGCUCUCUACGUGUCGCGCGGACACGAGUCCUGAGAGAAGUAAACGUGCCAUAGAGAACAGCCCUCAAUUCCAGGGUUACGUCUAUGACAGACCAUCGAAACCUUUCACUAUACCCCCUUCGGGGUCACGGACGAAUAUAGUGACAGUCAGGCCACCGACAGUAAUCAAUGGAUACUCUCGUAUAACUCCUAAAAUUACGUUUACGACACCAACCAAAACAACUCCGACGGUGCCGAUCGGAUACCCUCGUACAACCCCUAAAAUUACGUUUACGAUACCAACCAAAACAACUCCGACGGUGCCAAUCGGAUACCCUCGUACAACCCCUAAAAUUACGUUUACGAUACCAACCAAAACAACUCCGACGGUGCCGACCGGAUAUCCUGAUACAACCCCUAAAAUUACGUUUACGACACCAACCAAAACAACUCCGACGGUGCCAAUCGGAUACCCUGAUACAACCCCUAAAAUUACGUUUACGAUACCAACAACUACACCUUCGACACGAACUACACCAAAGGAUGAAGGAUACAUUUAUUUAAUUCCGGACAAUUCGUUUACACUGCCAAGAAGAGUGCCGACGCUGACACCACCACGAACUCCGCCGCCGCGAACGCCACCUCCGCGAACUCCGCCACCAAAAACUCCUUUUACGUUAGCUCCUACAACAACAACGCUACCUCCGUAUACGUAUAAAACUAUACCACCUUAUAUCCCUCCGCCACCCCAGCCUCCUAGAACCCCACCGCCACCUCCACCUCAGCCUCCGACACGUCCUCCUUAUGUGCCGCCAUCUCCUCAACCUCCAACGCGAUUCACUACAAGGUACAUACCGCCUGUGACUCAACCUACUACGAGGUACAUACCACCCGUGACACAAUAUACCACGAAGUACACACUGCCAGUGACUCAACCUACUACGAGGUACAUACCACCUGUGACACAACGUACCACAAGGUACACGCCACCAGUGAUUCAACCUACUACAAGGUAUAUACCGCCCGUGACACCUCGCACCACCAGAUAUACUCCAUUCACGCAACCAUCCAGUUACGUUCCACCGCGCACUACUCCACCAUCGACCUACCUACCACCUCGUACUCCAUCUUCUACCACAUAUACUAGGACGUCCACUACAAAAUACACAACACCAACCACUAGGUACACGACUACCAGGUACACCCCAUCAUCGUCCACACAGGGUUCUUCUUAUGUGCCACCGUUCUCCUCCACUCCCGGCUCCACCUAUGUACCACCAAAACGUACCACUACUACACCUAGGAUCGUAACCAAAAUUACCACACCGUAUAAGCCAUCAUCGUCCACACAGGGUUCUUCUUAUGUGCCACCGUUCUCCUCCACUCCCGGCUCCACCUAUGUACCACCAAAACGUACCACUACUACACCUAGGAUCGUAACCAAAAUUACCACACCGUACAAGCCAUCAUCGUCCACACAGGGUUCUUCUUAUGUGCCACCGUUCUCCUCCACUCCCGGCUCCACCUAUGUACCACCAAAACGUACCACUACUACACCUAGAAUCGUAACCAAAAUUACCACACCGUAUAAGCCAUCAUCGUCCACACAGGGUUCUUCUUAUGUGCCACCGUUCUCCUCCACUCCCGGCUCCACCUAUGUACCACCAAAACGUACCACUACUACACCUAGAAUCGUAACCAAAAUUACCACACCGUAUAAGCCAUCAUCGUCCACACAGGGUUCUUCUUAUGUGCCACCGUUCUCCUCCACUCCCGGCUCCUCCUAUAUACCACCAGACAUCAUCACUACCACCACUACCACUACGCCUAGAACCACCACGCAUAGAUAUCGGGCGUCUACUUAUCUUCCACCGGAAAAACCGAGAUCAACUUACUCCACGGUGUCAGCUCCACCGCCACCUACGCCCCUUAUCUCCAUCACACCCAGCACCCCCACUCCGUCAUCACCGACAGGAGGCCAGGCGCCACCUCCGACUUUGCCGCCCACGACACCGAGACCUUUCGGAGGUUACCAAUACCCGAUCCCCGAUAUUGUCUUCGAGACUCGCAAGCGAUGAGCGUUCGGUGACGCGGCUGAGCCGAUGUGCCUUACAAAU